AUGGAAGAAAGCGAGUCCGAGUGGGGCGAGUUGACUCGGGAAUGCCUCAUCAACAUCCUAUCUCGACUCACCGCUGAGGAUCAAUGGCGCGGUGCGAUGCUUGUUUGCAAAUCAUGGUUCAACGCUUUCCAGGAACCCUCUCUUCACUCUGUAUUCAACCUCGAACCUUACUUCGACUCGCCAUCCGAGUCACCUCGCUGGUGGACCCUCCAAUUCGAGUCCAAAAUCGAUUCCAUGUUUCUAUCUAUCGUUCAAUCAACUCAUCAAUUCCUCACCCAGAUUCGCAUUCGACACUGCUCUGAUCGCCCUCUCAACCUCGUUGCCCUAAGAUGUCCAAAUCUUGAGGUGUUGUCAAUCAGAAGCUGCCCUCGUGUUACUGAUGAUUCAAUCUCUAAGAUUGCGACUGGGUGUCCAAAUUUAAGGGAACUGGACAUCAGCUAUUGUUAUGAGAUAACUCAUGAGUCAUUGGUGUUGAUUGGAAGAAAUUGCUCCAACCUUAAGAUUCUCAAGAGAAAUCUCAUGAAUUGGCUUGAUCCUUCCCAACAUGCUGGGAUUGUUCCCGAUGAUUACCUAGAUGCUUGUCCGCAAGAUGGAGAUUCUGAAGCUGCUGCUAUUGCAAAUUCUAUGCCUCAUCUAGAGUGGCUAGAGAUUAGGUUCUCCAAGUUAACGGUAAAAGGCCUUAAUUCGAUAUGUCAGGGGUGUCCUAACCUUGAGUACUUGGAUUUGUCUGGCUGUGCUAACUUAACUAGCCGAGACAUUGUAAAUGCAUCGUCAAGUUUGUCACGCUUGAAAGACAUUAAAAAACCAAAUUUCUACAUUCCAAGAUCUGUCUAUCACACUGAAAGAUAUGGACAUUGGAGCCUAUAUGAUGAGAGAUUUCAAACAGAUGUUUUUCGAAUCUGA